AUGGGCUCAGGUGGUUCGAAGAUAGACGACGGCAACAGGACCGUCGUAACAGACGAGGCGCUCAAAUCCUCGCCUUAUAACAAGCCGCUAUACUUCUGGAUCAUCCUCGUCAUCACCGUGGUUGCCCUUGUGGCAAACCUGCUCGCCAUCAAGUCCAUACUGUACAGGAAGACGAAACGUCUCCAGAAAACCUGCAUCAUAUCUCUAGCCCUGUCGGACAUCUUGGGAGUGCUGAUCUUCGCGCUCAACUACUUGGACAUGCUCUCCAAAGAGCUCAUGACCUGGAUUUACGGGGAGUCCAUGUGUUACUUCGUUCCUGUUGGUCAAAUUCUGGGUUCCACGGCCAGUUCGGUGGCGCUCUUCGUCAUAGCUCUGGACAGGUACCACAACGUGUUCUACGCCCUCAGUAAAAGAUGGGAUCCUGAAUGGUGGCUUUGUCUGGGAGGCGCCUUGAUCCUCUGGGGCGUUUGCGCCGCCAUCUCCUAUCCCAUGAAGACGUACUACUACUACCUGCCCAUCAUAGUUAACGAUAAAGACGAGUACCUUUGCACCGCAUCGCCCCUCACGAAAAACGAACUCGCCCUCUACUACAUCAUCACCACCAUCAUAGUUUUCCUGCCGAUUUGCUGCAUGUUCCUCUGGCUGUAUUACAAGAUCGCCAUCUUGGUCUGGCACCACAGGAAACCCGUGACGUCGAAGAGUAUCUACCAAUCAGACGACACCUCCAACACCAGGGACUCCGACCAGUCCACCACGCCUAACCUAAAGCCUAUCCUGACCAAGAGCAAAAACGUUCAGGUGGAAAGAAAGAUCCGCACUUUCAAAAUAGUUCUCGUGCUCAUGUUCAGCUUUAUGGGGUGCAGACUCCCCCACGCCGUCUACAACAUCGUGAGGACCGCAUCUUCGGUAUCUGGAAAGUGGAACUUGAACAAUUCCCUUAUAGCCCUGUACAUGACAAACUACGCUUUGAAUCCCUUCCUGUAUACGUUUCUAAACCAGACCAUCAACGCGUGGAAAAGGUUGAGCGAUUUCAUGUGCGAGGUCUGUUUCUGUUGCUGCUCCAAGUCCGAGUUUGAGAACUUUGAGCGCGAGAACCCGUUCGAGAAGGUGCAAUGGCCUAGGCAGAAGCCCGUUGCCGAGGAGCCAAGAGUUAGCAGUAGUCAUAGAGUAAAAUUCGCGGACGUUAAUAUGCCCAAGUACACGCCCAAGGAAAGGUUUUAAAUAAAAAUCAUG